CGCGAAUAGAGCCGCCAUGGACCCCAGCAUCAAGCUCACACGCGCCCUCGCGCGGCGCUCCAUGCGGCCAUGUCGCCGUGACGCCAGCUUGACAUGGCCAGGCCGAGCGCGAUGCUUCCACGACACGCGCCCCGCCCUUGUUCAGCCCAGACGCCCCAAAUCGCGCGACCGAGGGCCCAAGAGCAGCGAAGACACGCAGACCGACUUUGGCGCCUUGGACAUGCUGCGCAACACAGUCGCCCCGGCAACCUCCAUCGACGCCUGCACAGCCGAUGGCUUCGCGCUGAACAACCAGAUGCGCAUCAGCGGCACCGGCGUCCUGCUCGUGGGCGGCGAAGCAUACCGCUGGCGGCCAUGGCAUGGCGCCGCGACGGGAGCAUUGCUGAAUGCAAAGAGGCAGUGGGAGGUGCCAGAGGGCGCCUGGGGCAUACUGGAGCUGGUAUAUCCGAAGCCCGACCUCCUCAUCAUCGGCACCGGUCCCCAUACCACGCCCAUUGCGCCUGCGGUUCGCAAAUACCUCAACGACCUGGGCAUCCGGCUCGAGAUCCAGGACACCAGGAACGCGGCAGCCCAAUUCAAUCUGCUUGCAACGGAGCGCGGAGUCGGCCAGGUUGCUGCGGCACUGAUACCGGUUGGGUGGAGACAAGGGCGCUGAGUAUGCAUACAUACCAUCAGAGAGCCGCACAACUUGUUGGAUGCGCGCCGCCAGGCCCGCAGUCGCCAAACCCAGACAUCUAGUACAAUACAUACAUGACGACACUGCCGAGGCCAACACGUAUGCCUGAGUACCCUCCACUGUACUCUGAACCUCCACCACCAAAGGCAAUCAUUGUUGCAUACACGGGGGUUCAAUAAUGCACGAUAACAUCAGAGGAAAACAUGCAAGGAAAAGAGAAUCGGCGCAAGCCACAGCAAUGCCAAGUCACUACCUCAAUCGAGUUCCAACACGGCAGAAUAGUAAAGCUUUCCUCACUGCACCGCGAAUUCAGCACCGUCCCCUCUUCCUACAAGCCUAGCCCUAAGGUCCCCCUUUCCACUCUUGCUCAGCUGAUCUAACAGCGUAGAGUCAUCUGUCAGGCUUG